GCGCAUGGAUUUCCCCCUGAGGAAAUGAAUGAUGGUUAAUUUCAGGGUGAUGUCCCACAUGCUGCAAAUGUGAUGUUGCUUCGCAAUACCAUUUCUAUUCGUGGGGAGCCAUCAGAGAUCUUGCUUGAGGAUCUGAUGCAUCUCGUGGCUGACAGACUCCUCGACUCCAAUGUGGAGACAGCGGAUGAUGAAUAUGGGAGGAAUAAGCGGCAAAACAUAGAAGAUGCCAUCCAGCUUCUCCCACGGUUGGCAACAGGCAUUGAUGUCAAUGUCAGGUUUAGGAAUAUCCAUGAUUUUGAGUUUACUAGGGAAUGUGCGAUCUUUGAUCUGCUGGACAUAAGUAUUGUGCAUGGAUGGAUUAUCGAUCCUCAGGAUGAGCCCACGUGUAGAAUAAUUGGUUCUCAUUCCUACAACACGCUUGUGGAGAAGCUUGUGGCUCUGAAAGGGCUGCUGCCAUCAGUAGACGACAGUGACCUGAGUGGGACGCAUCAUCUGCAGGAGGCGGAGGCAAGAGGGGUGGAAGGAGCGGGGGGGCCGUCUUCCCCUUCGAGAGGCCCUAGAAGUUCCCCGUCCGGGAGAGCAGGUGGUGGCAGGCAGACAGGAGUAGAUGAGACACACCAAAUGGAAGAAGAUGAGGAUGCUGCUUUGAAACGGGGACUUGAGCUAUCGCUGUCUGUGCCAGGUUCUCGCAGCCCUCGGGAGCCAAACCAUGAUGCGGAGGGAAAUGAGGGGUUGGCGGAGCGCUGCAUGACAUCGUCAACAAUGGACGGCAACGCACAUGAUAGAUCGGCAGAGAAGGGCAAUGUGGUGGUUGCUAGUGAUCUGGACAGGGGCCAUGGAAGUGAUGUAGGAGGGAGAGAAAUGGCGGGUGAUGUGGAGGGGGGGAAGACAAGUGAUGCAGAGAGGGGGCAGGGAGUUGAUUUGCGUAGGACAGAGGUGGGGGUUGAGAGUGAGAGGAAUGGAGAGAGUGGAGGCAGUCCAGGGAAGGGGCAUGAUAUGACUGAGAGGAGGAAUGGGAAAGAUAGAGAGGAACAAGGAGAAGAGCAGACCCGCGAUCCAGAGGGGACUCUUCCUGUAGGUAGGGAUGAUGCCUGCCGAGAUCCAGAGGAAAGUAAUAAUUGUCAUAAGGAAAGAAGAGCAGAAACCACGAGCUCUUCCGGGGAUAAUCAUGAAGGAGAGGUGGCCGUCUCUGGAAAACAAAGGGAGGAAGAGGGAGAGCGAGAGGGAGGGGCCAGAGAAGAAGUGGAUGGCUCUUGUCCCGAGAUGUUGCUGAAGAAUCAAGAGGAUCAAGGUGAAUGUGUACCAGUGGAACCUGGAAAUGAAGGGGAAGCGGAUAGAGAGGCAGGCAUUGGGAAAGACGAUGAUUGCGCUGAACACUCUUUGAGAGCAGUUUUGGCCGUGGCAGAAAAGACGCUUGGAAGAGAGGUUACAGAGGAAGAACUGAACGAUAUGAUUAAAGAAGGAUUUGUAAUAGAAAACUUCUUGAGCAAUACUGCCAGUCAGUUGACUUACUGCGGAUUGUUCAUGCUUCAGGAAGGUGUGAAAGAGCGGCAACUUUGUGUUUUUUUUCGGAAUAAUCACUUCAACACCAUGUUCAAGUACAAUGGGCAGCUCUACAUCCUUGCGACCGAUCAAGGUUAUCUCAAUCAGGCAAACCUUGUUUGGGAGAAACUAAGCGAGGUUGAUGGGGACACUCAAUUUGCGACAGGGACGUUUGACGUCUUCAAGACAGAUGCGAACUGGGCAGCUGCAGGUUACUAUGUGCCUCGAGACAGUGAUCAGUCGUACAACAAAGGAGGAGAGCGAGGGAAUCAGGGCCAACAUGACUACGAUGCCGAUCUUCAACUAGCCUGGGAACUUCACCGGCAUGAGGAACGUCUCAUGGCCGCAAGGCGUGAUGCAUCACAGGGUGGGGCGAAUGACCCGCACACAUCGCGACCCCAUCUCAGUUAUCAGCAAGGGGGAGCCUACGGCGCUGUCAGGCCACAAAGAGCUGGUCAGGAGGCAGCACAAGGAUCUUCUGGGAGUUCCUCCAGUGGCCCUUCGGCUCAGCAAACGCCAGGAAAUGGGUCAUCUACAUCACUCCCGUCGUCCACCUCUAUGUCAUCCUUCAUCAGCAAGUUCAGCCCAAAUCUUUCAUCAAAGCGUCCAGCUCCUCCAAGACGAGGGGACACCCCACCGCAGGGAUCAUCCUCCACAGCACCGGCAAGGACAGGAGAGCGGAAGCGGGAGUGCGUUAUAAUGUAAAUACCAUGAAGUUCACGGCAUUGACCAUCUCUGUAAUAUAUACAGCCUCCUGAUGAGUCGGUGAAACUCCGACGAAACAGUUUGCCCCAAACCCCCGUUUGUAGUCCUCUUCUCCCUCUCUGCCUACGGUUUACCGGGCAGCUCUGUUUGACGAUAUAUAUGGAUGUUAUGAAAAUGCAACAAUCUGAAUAUCCUGCCAAUGUGGAUGUACAGAUUGGGUGGUUGAUUUGGUGAGAUAGUUGUCAGGGUGGAAAGGGCCAUCUUUGUCGCUCUGUUUGGUGCGACAAGUGUGGCCCUUGCGGCCUUUAUUGCAUCACUUCAGUUUGUGUGUUGCGUUAUAGUUCCAUCGGAUUCGUCCUCUGAAUUUUCGCAAGUUUGAAUU